CUUGUUCUUACACUUCCCACCAAACUUCCUUUGCCAUUCUGUGAGCUGAGCUCGCAAUUAUGUUCUUUCCCCGAUCGCGGGCGUGGCUUCUUUCGAUCUGACAGCCCUUGGGAUGAUCCGCUAUUGACCAUUUCCUUUCAUUCCCCCGUUGACCGGUAGCUGCCCAUCAUGUCGGUCAUUCAGAACGAAGAGCUAGUUGCGUACCAGCUACGCUGCGGCUACCUCACUGAGAUCGCCGAUGGAGUGGGAGAGCGACUGAUUACCCUUAAUGAGGGGUUCAUGAACUCCUCGGCUUUCAAGGCGGUCGCAUGGCAAGCCAACCCCGAUCUCGUCAAACGGUGUUACUCCCCUCCGAUUCCAACUGCGAUUGCCUCCGAAUAUUUCCAAGCCCCACGACAGGCUGGAGUGACCCUCGAAGAUGAGCCCGACGAAGCUGGAAUGUUGACCGGUGGAGGCACCGAUACGCUUGGCCCCGGUCUUGCAACAAGAAGAAGGAGACGGCGGGAAAACUUGGAAGAUGACGAUAGUAGCGAUCUGAGCGAUGAGAGUGAUGACGACGACGCCGGCCAGCGAGCGGCCCAGCAGAUCAAGUUCGCCAAGAUGCCCGUACGAUCGAGGGCCGGUUCCAGUCCAAUUCAAUCAUCGCAAAUCAAGCAAUCCCCGGCCAUGUCUCCUCGCGCAGCGCCCGGUGCACGUCGAGGUUCGCAAUCUGCGUUGGAAGUCGUCAAGGAAAGAGCACGGAGAGAUACAGUGACUAGCAGCGAGGUGUCAUCCGAGAACGAGUUUGACGCUUCUGGUUUCCACAAACAGCGAGAGGCUGCCAGAGCUGCGGCCAAGUCAGUCAAGCUUCAGGCUAAGAUCUUGGAGGAACCUAGUCUUGGGAUCAAGCGCGCUGGCACGCAAUUGCUGCCGGAGGAGGAAGAAGAUGAUUCUGAUGGAUCAGACAUGUCUGGCGCCUACAUCGAAAGUAUCGAUUCGGCCUCUAUUCUGGAUGCCGUUGAGAACCCGGAACCUCCUCCUCACAAGCAAGUCGUGGGAACGCCUCCCCGGGAGUUCACAAGAACUUCCACUAUUCGAAAGUCGCAAGCGCCACCUCGGAUCCUACAGGCUCUACCUCCGCCUCGUCCCAUGAGCACAAUUCGGCCGAUGAGCAUGAUUCAACCCAAGAGUCUGCUGUCCGCUGCUCUCAGGGCUAGAAAGACAAAGCCAAAGGUUCCUUUUGAGGGAUUUGCGGCACUUUCUGGCCAGGGCGAGAACAAUCCCAUUGCUGUCCGAAUCUAUGCUGCCUUCUCUGAAAGCCCUACCAAACCGUUUGAAGUCCCCAUCAGACGCAUGGUGCAUCACGGCGAGGGCGGUGAUCGGCCCGUCACCGUGGCGGAUCUCAUUGGCCUUGCACUCUGGAGAUACAACGAGGAGAAACGGCAGCCAUCUAUACCUGCCGAUAAAGCCAACAUCAAUUGGUUCACGCUGAGAAUGGUCGAAGAGGAUGGAGAGGUCGAUGAUGACUUCCCACCCUUUGAGCGCAACAAGGCCUUGACGUCUUUCACCACAGCAAACAACCGAGCUGCCGGAAGAAUGCGAGCCAACUCCAAGACUUAUGAUAACUUUGGAUUGGUCCAAGCGAGUCAAUCCGAGUACGCCGAGAACCAGAGCAUCACUCCACAAGAAGAAGAAGAGCCGGCCGAGGAAGUCGACGAGGACUUGACUCCGCGCAACACUCCGCAGCCGAAUCUCAACUCGUUCCUUCCCGUCGCCACAGAGCCUCGCCCGAACCCCGUCACGAAUACUACAUAUCGUCAACAGCAUAGUAUGUUCGCCGACGCACCUCAGGCGCCUGCCGCGGCGCCCAACACGAGCCGGGGUCAACAGAAGCUUUUGCGCGUACACCUCCACUCGACCGAUGUAGCUCCCGGCCAGCUGGUCACGCUAGACACCACGACGGAGACGUACAUGGCCGAGGUGCUGGACAUGGUCUGCCGCAAGAGACAGCUGGACAAGGCCAAUCAUGUCCUCAAGAUGCCUGGUGGAGGCCCCGUGAUCUUGCUUGACACCAAGGUCGCGGCAAUCGGCAGCUUGUCGGAUCUGGAGUUGCAUCGACGCCGUUUCGCAACAGACGGCCCACUCGCCAUGACUGGAUCCCCUGGAAGUGCUUCGCCAAAGCUGCUCCCCUUUGUGGGCGACCAGCCUGGCCGCAAGUCCAAGAAGCCGCAUAUCAUGGGAAGUCACCCGCUGGCUCAAGAGGCCAUCAAGCAGGCAGAGCUUACCAGUGCAUAUCACAAGACUUGGGUUGUCUGGCGUUUGCGCACCGUCCGGAUGAUAACACAAUCCGAAAAGCGCUUCGAGAUCGACGGAGAGUACGUGCACAUCAAACCGACGACGAGAGAUUCCAAAACGACGACGGCGCAUAUUUCUCAAGUAAUUGGAUGCAAAGUGUCUAGCAAGCACCCGAACCAGUUCAAGGUGAGUUGGCACGCACAUCGCCGGGCGCUCUGCCGCGUUUCGAUCAUAAGCUGACUAAAGAUUGCAAUAGCUGUUCAUCUACCGGGAC